ACCCAGGACACGAACUCCUGGUUCCUGUGCCGGGGCCUGCGCGCCAGUGGCGUGAGCGUGCGCCGCGUGGCGGUGGUCCCGGACGACGUGGGGGAGAUCGCGGCCGAGAUCGCCGCCAUGGCCCCCCGCCACACCUUCCUGCUGACGUCCGGCGGCAUCGGCCCCACCCACGACGACGUCACCUUCGCGGCCGUGGCGCAGGCCUUCGGGGAGCCCCUGCACCCCCACCCGGAGCUGGCCCGGCUGGUGCAGGGCUUCUUCGGCGUGUCCGAGCCCGGGAGCGCCCCCAUGAAGCUGGCGCUGGUGCCGGCGUCGGCGCGGCUGCACUACGGCGCCGAUCCGGCGACCGGGAGGCAGCUGCGCUUCCCGCUGGUCAGCGCCCACAACGUCUACAUCUUCCCCGGGGUGCCCUCCCUGCUGGAGGCGGCCUUCGAGGGGCUGCGGCACCUCUUCGCCAGCCCCGGCACCCGCUUCCACCUGCGGGAGCUGUUCGUGGACGCCGACGAGGCGGCGCUGGCGCCCGCGCUGGCCCGCGCCCAGGCCCGGUUCGGCCGGCGCGUGGGGCUGGGCUCGUACCCGGACUGGCUCAGCAACUACCACCGCGUGCGGCUCACCCUGGACUCGGACAGCGCCGAGAGCGUGGAGGAGGCGCGGCGCCACCUGCUGGACGCCCUGCCCCCCGGCUGCGUGGUGCCGCUGGUGGCCGAGCCCGUCGCCGUGGCGACGCAGGAGGUGUACCGGCUGGCGCAGUCCGGUACCGCCCUGGGCCUGAAGGUGGCGUCGGCCGUGCAGACCAUCGAGACGGCGCUGGAGCAGUACCCCCCCAGCCAGAUCUGCGUGGGCUUCAACGGGGGCAAAGACUGUACAGCCCUGCUGCACCUGUACUACGCUGUACUGAGGAGGAAGUUCCCUCAGGCUGAGGACAGGGUCAAGGCGCUGUACAUACGCAUCGUGUCUCCCUUUCCUGAGAUGGAGCGUUUCCUGAAGGACACCAUCAAGAGGUAUGACCUGGAGGUGUACAUGGUGGAAGGGAAUAUCCGGCAGGCUCUCAUCGACGUCCAGGAGCAGCACCCGGAGCUGCAGGCUGUCCUGAUGGGAACGCGGCGCACGGACCCCUACUCGCGAACCCUGACCCCGCUGUGCCCCACUGACCCCGGCUGGCCACAUUACAUGCGCGUGAACCCCCUGCUGGACUGGAGCUACCACGAUAUCUGGGAGUUCCUGCGCACCCUGUACGUGCCCUACUGCAUCCUGUACGAUAAGGGCUACACCUCUCUGGGCAGCAUGGACAACACCACCAGGAACCCAGCGCUGCAAUUCGUCGACGAGAGGGGCGUGGUCAGGCACCGGCCCGCCUACCAGCUGGAGAACGAGGAGGAUGAGCGCAACUCCAGGAAGUGACAUCAUCACCAGGCGACGAGCACAGGCAGAGACUGGGGGCCACACAUGGGCAGCCUGGAGACAGGGGGAGAGGAAAGAGAAGGAGUGAAUGAAAGAUUGAGAGAGAGAGAGGGAGGGAGGGAUAACAGACAAGUGAGGGAAAGGAAGGGAGGCCUGAUGGGUUAGGAGCAUGAGGUGCUGAGAACGAUUCAUUUCACAAGGAUGAAAGAGAAACCUUCCAUCCUGAGCACAAUUAAAUUGAACACAAUUAAAAUGGUUUAAUUAGCCAGUUCACUGCUUCAAUUAAGGGCCUAAUUAAAAUGUAGUUGUUUUUAAAAAUCAGUUUUAAAGGGAGAUGCGAGAGCGCAUUUUCAGUUUUUUUCUGAAUGAGCGUCUCGUUAAGGACCAGGGGUGGGAGAGGAUGACCAGUCUCUGGCUUGAACACCCUCAUUCCUGAAGUAACAGAAUGAUGUAAUUCAGCAGAAACAACCUGAUUCAAGACUGUCCUGAAUUCUGCCUGCUGGAACUCAGCCAGGUGUGUUUAGGACAGGUUCUGGGAUUAAUUUCAAGUGGGAAUCGGGACAGCUUCUGGGAUUCAUUUCAAGUGGGAAUCAGGACAGGCUCCAGGAUUAGUCCUGAUGGAAAUCAGGACAGGUUCUGGGGUUAAUUUCAAGUGGGAUUCGGGACAGGUUUGGGGAUUAAUUACAGGUGGAAAUUGUGACAGGCUCCAGGAUCUAUCUUGGAUGGGAAUUGUGACAGGUUACGGGAUAACUCCUGGGCUGGGAAUCAGGGAUUCAUCUCGAGUGGGAUACAGAACAGGCUCUGAGUCACUGUGACUUCAUCAGAAAUCUCAGCUUUCUGCUAAUGGAUGGAUAUAGACGUACUGUAUUUAAUUUACUGCAAAGGAACAAGUCAAGGUUCAUUCCAGGCUGAAAAGAGAAGUAAAGAAACGCAACGUUUCUGUGGAGCCUUCUCUACCGACCCAAACUACUGUACUGUGUGUACUGAUGUGCAGUUCAUCUUAGUUUUCAGAGGCCUCGUUGAUUUAUGUAAACAGUUUGCGAUUUAAUGUUGGUGUUUUUUUUUCACGUGCUGUUCUCUCUCUCGGGCGAAUAAAGUGGUCGCAGACAGGACCGCGGUGCGCCGUGCACCUCGGGUUCACUGUUGUCUGCUUUAGCCAUGUUGAA